AUGAUUGCCUCUAAACUCUUCAUCACUCUGGGAGUCUCCCUGUCCGUCAAUGCUUUCGGUCUCUAUGAGUCUGGGACUGACAAGGAUGUGACAAAAGCCUGCGAGAAGGCCAUGUCAGCAGAUAUCGAUUGCGACAGGGAGGUAAUCAGCUUUCUCAACGGAGGCUGGUACGGCUCUCUUGACAGUGAAGCCUUAACCGAUGCAGUGUGCGCCAAAACUUGCUCUCAGUCACUCCAGGACUGGAUAGCCGAUGUUUCCGAGGACUGCGAGGAUGAAGGCAAAGCUCGAGGCGGCCUUCGUAUCUGGACAGGUUGGAAUGCGACUUGUCUGAAAGAUACCAAGACAGGACGAUACUGCAAUGACAUCAUUGCAGAUUUUACUGAUGUUGGAGAGGGCGAAGAGCUGCCGCACGAUGAGCUUUGCCAUCCUUGCUAUGUGCAGCGUCUCGAGAUGUAUAAACCCUCACCGUACGCCCUCAACAUCAAAUGGCACGAAGAGCAACUUGAGCUCGUGCACAAGAAAUGCGAUAGUUCAACCUCCACUGAGACUGCGACACCCACUUCAAGUAAGAGUGAACCAUCCGAAACGGCGACUACGGCAGAAGACUCGAAAGCCUCUCAGACGGCCAACAGCGAGGAAGGGUCUGUAUCGCCCACUGGGACCCCAGAACAGACCAUAUCGUCUGAGCCUACUGUGUCAUCUACGACUAAUGCAGCUGCGGAGUCUCUACAGGGAGAGCUGUUCGGAUCUCGGGCUCUGAUGCUUCUUUUGUCGUUGAACCUCUUCUUUAUGUAG